AUAAAGGGCUUUUGUUCUGCAUCUAAUGUUUUCAUUAGGAAACUGGGUGCAGCCGAGGGAAGAGGAGAGACAGAGAGACUUUCAAUACGUUUUUGGGCACUGAAUACACUCUGUACUCCAGGUUUCCUCUCCUACGCCAUGACCCGCCCCUACACCAUCUCACUUGGACUCCUGCUCCUCCUCAUUGGCUACGCAGCGGCAGGACCCGAGUCUGCGCUCCAACCCAGAGAUGUCCGGUCGAGUGCCUGUCAGGACCACAGUACUCUUCAUGACAGACUGGAUGUAGUGGAGAAGCAUGUAGAGGACACAGUACAAAAGCUGGAGGCUGAGCUGGCCAUGCUGCUGGAUGCCAUAGAAGCCCCUGAGUGGAGUCCCCUGCUGGAAACUGUUGGAAAACCUGUGGUGGACAUCCUGGACGGCCAGGGACUGGGAGAGAAUGGCGACUCCUGAGAGAGGAAGAGGAGAAGAUCUCUGUUGAGCAGCUACUAAUUCUACUUCACUUUAGCUUUAGGAAGUGAUGAGGGUGCACCUGGCUAGGUCAAACAAUGAAAGACUAAUCUCUGUCUCUGCUGUUUUGCUGAAGUUGUAUUUUGUAAGUGGACAAAAACGGUAUAAAACAAUCCUUCUAAAGUGUAAACACAAGCUUAGUAUAUAUUGUGGUACAGUCGCUAGAUCACAACACUAAAGCUUAUUUGUCCCCGUAAUACACUGCUCUGUUCCUCGGGCACUCAUCCUUUUUCUCGUCUUUGGCUGAACUUGAAUCCCUACACCCAGGGGUAACUGUGUCCCCAGCCUCUCCGGAUGUUUACAUCAAAGUCGUAAACCAUUGACUGUU